GGUCCUCAUGACAGGUGACACAGGCCCCCCAAAGCAGAGCAGAACCCAAUAUGGCUCCAUCUCCAGCUCACCGAGUCCAGGGCCACCACAAGUACCUCCCGGAGGGACCUACCUGAGUGAGAAGAUCCCCAUCCCGAAUGCAGAACCGGGCACAUUCAGCCUCCGCAAGCUGUGGGCCUUCACCGGGCCCGGCUUCCUCAUGAGCAUUGCUUACCUGGACCCGGGAAACAUCCAGUCGGAUCUUCAGGCUGGCGCUGUGGCUGGAUUCAAACUGCUCUGGGUGCUGCUGUGGGCCACGGUGUUGGGUUUGCUCUGCCAGCGACUUGCUGCCCGGCUGGGCGUGGUGACAGGCAAGGACUUGGGUGAGAUCUGCCAUCUCUACUACCCUAAGGUACCCCGCACCCUCCUCUGGCUGACCAUGGAGCUAGCCAUCGUGGGCUCGGACAUGCAGGAAGUCAUCGGCACGGCUAUUGCCUUCAAUCUGCUCUCAGCUGGAGGAAUCCCACUCUGGGGUGGUGUCCUCAUCACCGUCGUGGACACUUUCUUCUUCCUCUACCUAGAUAACUACGGGCUGCGGAAGCUGGAAGCCUUUUUUGCAUUCCUUAUUGCCAUUAUGGCCUUCACCUUCGGAUAUGAGUACGUGGUGGCGAGGCCUGCUCAGGGAGCACUUCUUAGGGGCCUGUUCCUGCCCUCCUGUUCUGGCUGCGGCCAGCCCGAGCUGCUCCAGGCCGUGGGCAUCGUUGGCGCCAUCAUCAUGCCCCACAACAUCUACCUGCACUCGGCCCUGGUCAAGUCUCGAGAGGUAGACCGGACCCGCCGGGAGGACAUCCGAGAAGCCAACAUGUACUUCCUGAUUGAAUCCACCAUCGCCCUGUUUGUCUCCUUCUUCAUCAACCUCUUUGUCAUGGCUGUCUUUGGGCAAGCCUUCUACCAGCAAACCAACCAGGCUGCGUUCAACAUCUGUGCCAACAGCAGCCUCCACGACUACGCCAAGAUCUUCCCCAGGAACAACCUCACGGUGGCUGUGGACUUUUACCAAGGCGGCGUGAUCCUGGGCUGCCUCUUUGGCCCCGCCGCCCUCUACAUUUGGGCGGUGGGUCUUCUGGCUGCGGGACAAAGUUCCACCAUGACCGGCACCUACGCGGGACAAUUUGUGAUGGAGGGCUUCCUGAAGCUGCGGUGGUCACGCUUUGCCCGCCUCCUGCUCACUCGCUCCUGCGCCAUCCUGCCCGCCCUGCUGGUGGCUGUCUUCAAGGAGCUGCAGGACCUGUCAAGCCUCAAUGAUCUGCUCAACGUGCUGCAGAGCCUGCUGCUUCCCUUUGCGGUGCUGCCCAUCCUCACCUUCACCAGCAUGCCCGCCCUCAUGCAGGAGUUUGCCAGUGGCCGGGUGAACAAGGUCAUCACUUCCUCCAUCAUGCUGCUGGUCUGUGCCAUCAACUUUUACUUUCUGGUCAGCUACCUGCCCAGCCUCCCCCACCCCGCCUACUUCGGCCUUGUAGCACUACUGGCUGUCAUCUACCUGGGCCUCACCACCUACCUGGUCUGGACCUGUCUUAUCGCCCAUGGAGCUACCCUUCUGGUCCACAGUUCCCAUCAACACUUUCUGUAUGGGCUUCUGGAAUAGGAGCAGGAGAAGGAAAAGACCUCGGGAUGAGCUCCCCGGCAGGGCUUGGCUGAGGGUGGAAUGCGUGGGGCAGAUUGGCCUGCUGGACAGGUGGGCAUGGCGGGGGACCCACUGUGUGGAAGCAGCAAGAUGGAGCGCAGGUUUUUGGAAGCAGGCCAACCUGAGUUCCUUAGGGACCUGCAGUUUCCUAGCUUGGACAAGUUACUCAACCUCUGGAUCUCAGUGUCUUCAUCUAUAAAAUGGGACAACACCAAUCUUGCAAUGGAUGUAAAGCAAUUUAACACAGAGACUGGCACCUGAGACAAAAAAAAAAAAUCGAAAAGUAUUUAUUGAGCACCUAUAGGACUGAGCUGACAGGACCAGUUAGGAGUGGAACACAGGCUCCAAACAGGUAUUUAAAAUAGAGUCUGAAGACUGCUAAAUAAAUGCUUAUUAAUUUUUUAUCC